GUUUCAUUUAGUUGCAACACUUGAUUUAUUUGUAAAACAAUCCAUGAAAACUUGCACGUGGAGUACAUAUUUUUAUACAAUUUAAAUAAAUAUUAAUUAGGUAAAUUCUAUUAGUUAAAUUGUAAAGAAAUUACUUCAAAAUGGCUAUGUUAGCUGAACCCAGACAACGGAAACGUUACAAUUUGAUACCCAGAGGAAAAGCAUUGUAUGAAGAUGAUAGCCGUUUCGGUACAAAAAUGCUCGAAAAGAUGGGCUGGGAAAAGGGCAAAGGUUUGGGUGCUAAAGAAGAUGGCUCAAAGGAUUUCGUUAGAAUUCGCUAUAAAAAUGAUAUUCUUGGUUUGGGUUUUGAACAUCGUGACGAUCAGUGGACACAACAUGAGCAAAGUUUUAAUGGUUUACUAAAAACUCUUAAUAAUGAAGUAGUUGAUGGCGAUGUCAAUAAGAAACAAUAUAAUGGUAAUGAAUCAGAAGCUGAGGAUAUGCCGCGCAUGGGUUUUGGCUUCCAAGAUAGUAGUGUCAAUGAAGAAAAGAAACCAAAAGUUGAAAAGCUUAAAGAGAAAAUAAGUGGGAUUUCCUUGGAGGAAAGAUCUAAACAGAGUAAAGCACGUGUACACUAUAAGAAAUUUACCAAAGGCAAAGAUUUAGCUCAAUAUAGCGAAAAGGAUUUGGCCAAUAUUUUUGGCAAAAAAGCAGCAGAUGAGCAGAAAGCCGCUAAUGAUUUCUAUAGUCAACUAAGUAGCAGUUUUGGGAAAAAGUCGGAGGAAAGAAAUGAUGAACAAGAGAAUAACAAUGAUGGUGUAAAUAUAAUAAAUACCGGUGUUUCGGUAAAUGAUUAUUUUAAAAAUAAAAUGGAUGCUAAAAACAAUCGCAAAAGUUGCCCCGACGGUGGGGAAAAUAGUUUAAAUAUGAAAUCUGAAACUAACGAAGAACAAUUAGAGGAAGAAGAACUUACAAAGAAGCAGAAAAAGAAAUGCAAAAAGGAGAAAAAGGAAAAGCAAGAAGAAGAGAAAAAUGAACAAGAGCAGGAAAAGAAGGAAAACACUGAUGGCCUUAUGAUAUACAGCAAUGUAUCCGUAACUGAUUAUUUUAAAAUGAAAAUGGAGGCAAUAAAAAAUAAAAAGAAUGGGUUGAAUAAUGCAGAGAAAAAUGUAGAAGACGCCAAAACAAAUGAACAAGAACAGGAAACGGAGGUUAUUAAGAAAAAGAAGAAAAACAAAAAGCAACCUAAGGAUUUGGAAAUUGAACAAGAUAAUGGUGCUAUCAUUAAAGAGAAGAAAUCAAAAAAGAGAAAAAAUAAUCAAGAUCAAGAAACUCAAAAUAAAAAUGAAAUGGAAAAAGAAACCGAAGAACCUAAGAAAAAGGAAAAGAAAUGCAAAAAAGCUAAUUCUGAAGAUGUUAAAGAACUUUUAUCAGAAAAAGAUACAAAAAAUGAAAAGGAUAAAACAAAAAACAACAAAGCACAAGAACACAUUUUGGAACAUAUUGAAGAAGUCGAUAUAACAAAUAAAAAGUUAAAGAAGAGAAAACACAAAAAUUCAUUAGAAGAAAAUUCAUUACCUCCGGACAACACUGACGAUACAACAGAACUUGUAUUAACACAAGAACCAAAUAAGAAAUUGAAGAAAAAGAAUAAGACUAAAGAGCCAAAAGAAAUAAUCGAAAUUGCCGAUAGUGACAUUGAAGAAAAGCCUCUUGAUGAAAAAGUCGAUAGUUUAACGCAAACGAAGAAAAAGAAGUUGGAAAAAUCUAACGAAAACUUAGAUAAAGAGAGUAGUUCUUCUACAGCAAACCAAACCCUAAAUGCCUCCGAACAAGCUGUAAAUAAGCCCAAAAAUGUUAAAAGAAAAGAUGUAAGUGCCAAAAAAGCGUUCAUCAGUGAUAUUAAUGUUCAAAUGUUAGAUCUAAAUGAACUUAAGAAAAAAUACCAAGACUAUAAUAUCUAUCCAAUCUCUUCAUUUUGUGCAGAAAAAUUCCGCAAUAUAAGUUUAAACGACUUUACGGGCUCCAUACUACCGCACAUCGAAGGUUACGGUCUCGAUUCAGACCUGCAGCUGGAUGUACAAAUUAAUAAAAACGAUGAAGAACGCAUAACAAAUCUUUGGAAAGGUAUUUUAAACAAGUACGUUCAAUUAGAGAAACCGAAGAAAACCUAUAAACACUAUGUUAAGGAAGUAAUCAAUGCCCGGAAAAGAAAACAAAGGUGUCCAAAACUUUUUAUUAAAACAUGGCAACGUAAAAAUGCCUUUCAAAUUGUAUAGUAUCCUUUGAAAAACUUUAGUUCUUAUAUAAUUUAGUAAGAAUGUGUCUGUAAGUUAUUAAGUUCAAUAUCUGUAAAAUAAAUUAAGUUUGUAACAUAUAAAUACAAAA